AUGGCGACUCAAGCAGACUACGACCGCCUCGGCGUCUGGGCCGUGAUGCUCAACCGCGACGCCGGCGUCAACCGCCGCGGAGCCAAACGAACAGUCCCAAUGGAAGUCUUAUCCCUCGGUCUUCACCGCACAGGAACAGCAUCCAUGAGAGAAGCAUACGAAAUCCUAGGCUACCCCAACCCGUACCACUACGCAAGCAUCUUCGCCAACGUUCAAGACGCGGACCUAUGGAUCGAAGCCCUCCGCGCCAAGUACAAAGGCGUGGGCAAACCCUACGGAAGAGUAGAAUUCGACCAACUCCUAGGGCAAUGCGGCGCCGUCACAGACACACCAAUCGUGUGUUUCUGGAAGGAACUCGUGGAAGCGUACCCCGAGGCCAAAAUCGUGCUGGUUGAACGCGACGAACAGAAAUGGCUUACCAGUUUCGCAGGCUUGAUAGGUGGGAUUCUCAACCCAGUGGGCAGGUAUAUUUUGCAGUACACGGAUCCGUGGUGGUUUGGGAGGAUUGAAAGGCUGGCUCUUCUCUGGGUAGGUGGUAUGUAUGGGUCGACGGAUUUCAAGAUCGCGAGACGGAAUGCCCCCGCUGUGUUUCGCGAUCAUUACCGCGAGAUACGGGAGAGUGUGCCUGCGGAUCGACUGUUGAAUUAUAAACUUGGCAGUGGAUGGGAGCCGCUCUGCAAGUUUCUCGGGAAGAGGGUUCCUGAUGUUCCGUUUCCGCAUCGCAAUGAGGCGGACAUUCUUAGUAAUGCGUUUGGGGCGGCCAUGGCAAAGGCGUUUAAGCAUUCUGCAUUGAAUAUCUUUUUGGUUGUGGGUGCUUUGUCGGGGAUUGUGUGGAUGGUGAGAUGA